AUGGCGGAAUUUGCAUAUCCUGUCGAUCCCUCAAAGCCAGUGCUAGGGAACAGCGCCUCUGUCGGCACCGCCGCAGGCAGCCAAACGGCUCCCCGACACUUACUGGCAGAAGGGGAUGGCCGUCGGGCGAGCAGUGAGCGGUUUAACGUGGAUGCGUGUACCGGAGGGAUGUCUUUCAUUAUUCCGAUUCAGACCUCACCGGGCCGCAGCGGAUUCGGGCCCUCCUUGAGCCUAGUCUACGAGUCUGGGUCCAGUGCAGCUAAUGGGGUGUUUGGGCUGGGAUGGCACCUCGAGGGGGUGCAGAGUAUCAGCCGCAAGACUUCCACUUCCAUUCCCGUGUACGACGACGAUCAAGAUGUGUUUGUGGACUCGACCGUCGGAGAGGUGGUUCCCGUCAUGAAAAGCGAUGGCAGCCCCGAGGAAACAAUUCUCGAAGACUGGAUGGUCCGUCGAUAUCGAGCGCGCGUGGAGUCUGACCCUAUGCGCAUCGAACGGUGGACUCAGCAGAGCAACCGGGGCAAUAUGUACUGGAGAAUGAUCAGCUCGGAUAACGUGACUGUGAUCUAUGGCGCGACAGAGGCGUCGCGGGUCUCCGGGGCCGAGCAGAUCUUUUCCUGGCUCGCAUGUGAAACGUACGACAGCUAUGGAAACCACAUGGUGUUUGAGUACAAAGCAGAAGACGCCAAUGGCUUGACCGUCGACACCGACGUAUUCGAAGCAAACCGUGAAGAACAGAUCCGGACCCGACAGCGCUACCUGAAGUCGAUCAAGUACGGCAACACAGAGCCCAAUCGAGACAAGGAUACCUGGAAGGUAUUAAACACUCCUCCGGGGCAUUGGAUGUUUGAGGUUGUCCUCGACUACGGCGAGCAUGACGAGGAGUGUCCAACCACUGAAGAGACGAAGAUGUGGGCUUCGCGCCCAGACCCCUUUUCUACCUGCAACGGAGGCUUCGAGGUACGAACAUAUCGCCGGUGUCGGCGUGUGCUCAUGUUUCAUCAUUUUCCUCAGGAACUCGGGCGCGCCGACUGCCUGGUGGCCUCGACUAACUUGACGUACGCCAUCGAGCCACGAACUGGAACCACAUUGCUUCAGUCGUGCGUGGGUACCGGUUAUACUCCUGUUGGCGAGAAGGAUUACUCCAGCCUCUCGUUGCCGCCGAUCACGUUGGAAUAUACAGAGCCCCCAGAGCUUGACACGCUGCAGGAGGAGAUACUCGGGCUCGACGCAGCAGGGCUCGCCACGGGAGAAGCGCAAUGGGUGGAUCUCAACGGGGAUGGCGCGCCAGGGGUGCUGGUCGAAGUGCCAGGCGGAGGGUGGUACUAUCACCGCAACGAAAGCACGGACGAGAAAGUCCAGGUUGGAGGAGCAACGCUAGUCCGUCAGGUUCCUAGUAGUGCCAAUCCAACUACAUGGGCCUUUGAAGAUCUGACGGGGGACGGCCUCCUCGACUUGAGCCCUGUUUCGCCCGGUCAUACCAUUCGAGGAUUCUAUGGCCGCACGGAGGACGGUGCAUGGCGGACAUACACCCCCUUUACCACAUACCCAACCAUGGAUCCCUCCUCCCAAGCAUGGCCCGUGUAUAAAUUUGACCUCACCGGCACCGGACGCGGGGACUUGCUGCGCAUGGCCCCGGGCGAGGAUGGGGAACUGGCCUGGCACGCGUCUUUAGGACCAGAGGGAUAUGGGCCCGAGCAGCGCACGACCGGAGCGCCGAAGGUCGUCCCCGAUGGGACCGGAUCGCUCUUCCUGCAGGAUAUGAGUGGCGAUGGCCGGACAGAUGUCGUCUGGGUGCGGAAUGGCAAUGUCUCCUACUGGCCUAACCUGGGACACGGGCAGUUUGGUGCCAGAGUGAUCAUGGUCAAGGCGCCGUUUCAACCUGAGGAUGGGAACUUUUCCACGCGCCGGAUUCGCAUGGCCAAUAUCACCGGCUUUGGCGGCACCGAUUACAUAUACUUGCCUCCUGGUGGCGGUGCGGUGGUAUACUACAACCAAUGGGGCAAUGGCUGGAGCGACGGAUAUCGAUUGGAGUCAGUUCCACCUCUCGAUGGUCUCUGCGCCGUGGAUGUGUUUGACAUCAGCGGUAGGGGGACACAAUCUCUAUGCUGGACUUCCGAUCUUCCUUCUCACAACAGAGCGGCGGACGCGACCACCGUCCAUUUCGUGGAUCUCAUGGGUGGCGUUCCAUCCGGACUUCUGACCAAGUGCAGCAAUGGAAUGGGAGGCGAAUGCACAGCUACCUACCGUUCUUCUGUGCGCUACUGUCGAGAAGACGAGGACAAUGGUAGACCGUGGUCCACGAAACUGCCGUUUUCGAUGUGCUGCAUUGCGAGUACGACCUCAGUCGACUAUGUGGCACAGACGUCCCAAACCGUCUCGUAUGCAUAUCAUAACGGUCACUACGAUCCGGCUGAACGCCAGUUCCGUGGCUUCCAGAUGGUCGAGCUCUCUGAAACCGAAGACUUCGCCGUGGACGUCCCCAAUGUCCAAUUCACACGCCCGCCAGUGGUUACAAAAAGCUGGUUCUAUAUUGGUCACGAGCGAUUGGACAUGGAAUCAGUACUCCCCAACUCCUGCCAAGCGGUUGAUGAACGGCUUGAUGCCUACCGCGCACUAGCGGGAAAGGUCCGUCGACAGGAGACAUAUUCCGCUGACGGUGGGGUGAAUACAGACCUACCAUAUGCCAUAUCACAACAAUCAUACGAGGUGGUAGUUCACCAAAAGACACAGGGCAGCAGACCCGGUACAUUCCGAGUCAACCCGCGGGAGGAGAUCACCGCUGUUUAUGAGAGAGAGAAAGGGGAGCCGAGAGUGCAGCAGACACUUACUCUCUCGACGGAUUGCUAUGGUCGUGCUGAAAAACAGCUGAUAGUCAACUAUGGGAAAUCAACCAGCUCGUUGCCGAGCCUCGACGACCAGCAAAAGCAAAUGGACACCUCGCUUGUUUACACUGAAACCAGCUAUACCAACGCGAUCGACGAUGUUAGCAGCGAGCCAGAUUAUUUCCACGUCCCAGUUGUUUCAGAGACGGCCCAGUAUCGCAUGUACCCUGGGGAUAACUUUAACAACGCGAUGUCGGAUGGUCGGUAUGAAUGGGACAAGCUAGCUGCCGACAGCUGCAAAUUGCUCCAGCAAGCAGAGAACAUUCCCAUUGAACAGAAGGCCGAGGACCUUAUAUCCGAUAGACCACCGGCAGGUUACAAGGCACUGGUGUCCAAACACCGAACGUUGUACUCGGAUGGCAAUGUCAAAGGGGUCUUGGAAGCAGGAAAGCUACAGACGUUCUCCGUGAAGUGGCAGAGCUAUCAGUUGGCAGCCACAACCAAUCUGCUUGCCCAGAUUUUGACGCGUUCUGGAGCAGAGACAUUUCUGUCAUCAGCAGCUAUAAAAGAGGAGCUCCGCAAUGGAGGAUACGUCGAACUAGACCCCGAUGAGUGGUGGGCUCCAUCAGCGCGGGAUAUAUUUGGAGACGACAGUCUCGAGGGCAGGCUUUCUGCGGCGCGAACGCAGUUCUAUCUCACCAAUGGAGAGAUUGAUGCAGUCGGAAGCAAGUCAUGGCAGCAUCGGGACGAGCUCAACUUGCUUACGACGGCUAGAGUUGACGCUGUCGGAAAUACCACUACCUUAGUCAACGAUUAUGCUCGUCUGCUACCGAAAUCCAUCACCGACGCAAAUGGCAACAUCACCGAGUUUGAAAUCGACUCACUCGGACGGCGUGUUGGACUGGCUGUGAAGGGCAAACCCGGGGAGGUUGUGGGAGAUAGCCUAGAUGGCUUCUCAGCUGAUCUGAGUGACGAUGACGUGCGUUCCUUCUGGGAAAGCCCGUCAGUGGCAGCGCAGGAGCUCCUGAAGGAUGCCGGUCAACGGGCAAUAUACUGUCUUAGCCGGAAUCAACAGCAGAUGGGAUCUCCUGCAUGGCAAGCGGAACUUGUCCGUGACACGCACUACAGGGAUGGACCGGGCAACAUAUCGAUUUCGAUUACGUACCUGAACGGCAAUGGCCAGGCAAUGCAGACGUUAUGCCUUUCCAACGACGAAACCACCACAUGGCAAGUUAGCAGUGCUGUGACGUCCUGCAACGGACAGCAGGUCAAGAACUUCCUCCCCUUCUUCAAGCCCACCCACGAAUUCUGUGCUCAAUCCGAGAUUGCCACUAAGCCCGCCACUACCUUCCUGCUGGACCCCCUGGACCGAACGGUAGGGGUAUUGAAUGCGGAUCAGACCUGGAGUAAAACGCGAAUAACGCCGUGGUCCCAAAUUUCCUACGACGCUGGCGACACUGUUCUAAUCGAGGACCCCAGCACAGAUGAGGAUAUCGGGAGCUACUUCCAGGGCCUCGACAAAACCUCCUACCAUCCAACAUGGUACUAUCAACGAAUGACACCGGACGCUGCCGACGAGGAGAAGAAGGCUGCAAAGAAAUCAGAAUGCUACAACGAUACCCCGAAGAUCGUGCAUCUGAACAGUCGUGGUAACGUCUCGGUCCAAAUGGAUGCCCUGGGGCGUGUCGUGACACAAAACCGGUACGACCUCUUGGGACGGCCUAUCCAUCGCGUGAAUAUGGAUAGCGGAGAUCGCUGGCUUCUGUCAGAUUGUACUGGUCUACCCGUCCUGUCGUGGUCGUCUGGAGGUCCACGGAAACGCACUGUAUACGAUGCGCUCGGGAGAGUUGAGGCCAUCAAAGUACAAGCAUCUAAAACAGACGAGAAUGAAGUGGUGGUAGUGAAGAAUGAAUAUGGAGAGAGCUACGAGUCAGAUCCCGAGGCUCAAAACCUGCGAGGUCAGCUCGUUACGUGCUGGGAUCAAUCGGGUGUUCAACGGAAUGUCCGAUUCGACUUCAAGGGUAACUGUAUCGAGUCCUCUAUCCAAUAUGCGACGAAGUACGAUAGCAUCCUGGACUGGUCGACCGAGACCGAGGAGCUGAAUCCCACGGACUAUACGACAGAGUCAUGGUUCGAUGCUGUGGGCCACGCUCUGCAGACAGCCACGGCAGGGGGUGGUGCGAUCAGUAAUACCUUCGAUAUAGCUGGCCGAUUGACGAGUGCCACCUCUGCUGCUCGCGAAGACCCUGACACUCACACCCCCUAUGUUGACAAUAUCGAUUAUGCGGAAGGCAACGAGGUGACAUUGAUCGAAUACAGCAACGGGUCGCAAACACUCCACUCAUAUGAUCCUUUGACACGCAGGCUGGCGAGGACCCAAAUCACCCGGGCUGAUGGUACUGUCUUUCAGGACAUUUCCUACACAUAUGACUGCCUUGGGAAGGUUGUUCAAAAGACCGACAAAGCCCAACAGACCAUCUACUUCAAUAACCAAGUUGUGAAGGCCAAUCAAGAAUUCACGUAUGAUGCCCUAGGUCAACUAUGUUCGGCAACGGGUCGAGAGCAAGUCGAUGCGCCGGGGCAUCGCUUGGUCCCUUAUGGUCCUACGCUGGGACAGCCAAACGGGAUUCCUGGAGACGGGAGCCAAUUGAUUGAAUACUGCGAAACGUACAAGUACGACGCUGUUGGCAAUAUCAUGGAAACAAAGCAUGAACCAGCAUCUGAUCCCAUGUACUCGCCAUGGACACGAACCUACACCUAUGAAGCGGACAAUAAUAGAUUGAAGAGCUCCAAAGUCGGCUCAGCAACAGAUCUCUACGAGUACGCUGACGAUGCAGGACUCAACGGGUGCAUGACGCAUAUGGCGGGAUAUUCUUUGGCUUGGGAUCAUAACAAUCAGCUGCGCUCAUUCAGCACACAGAGAGUCAGCGAAGGUGGCACGCCAGAGAGAACAUGGUACAUCUACAACUCACAAGGCAAGCGAGUCCGCAAAGUAACUGUGAGAGACACAGGAGCGAGGCUGAAAGAGACCCUCUGCCUCCCUUUCUGUGACAUCUCUAUCACGUAUGCGGGCAAUGGCGAAUCUGAAGUGCGGAGGACUUGCUCAACCAGCGUGGGCAGUCUCAGCACUUCCGGCACUCCACUGGUUAUUAUUGAAGCUAAUACCCAGACUGAUACCACAACUACGCAGCGGCUACUUCGAUACCAAAUAAGCGACAACCUAGAACUAGAUGAUACCGCCAAGGUGAUUUCCUACGAAGAAUACUCCCCCUACGGUUCUAGCACAUAUCAAGCGCGCACUAUCGAAGCUCCACGCAAGUAUAGAUUUGCAGCCUACCACCGUGACAACGAAAGUGGACUCUAUCUCUGCGGCGAGAGAUACUAUGCCAGCUGGCUAGGGCGCUGGACAUCCCCCGACCCACUGGGUACCGUCGACGGCCUCAACCUCUACGCUUAUGUUAGCAAUGACCCGAUCAACUUCAACGACAGUGGCGGC